AUGGACUCGCUAAACCGGGACUCGCGACCCCGAUUUAGCGAGUCGGGCCAGUUUCCGGGGUCCAACGGACUCGCCACCCGACUCGCCAAAGGCAUCCAGGGUCACCUCGACUCGCCAAAACCCUCGGCUUUUGUCGAGUCUCCUCCCAACCCGACAACACAACCAGUACCUCAAAUCGAUUGUCCACACCGCACAUUCAACAUGCCUUCUUCAUCCAACAACGAGGUCGAAGUGAUAGACCCUGCCCUAGCUACUAUGGUCGAAGUCGUUGAUGUCGAAUCCAGCGCUCAAAAAACUCCCGUUGCAAAAGAAAAAUCAAACAAACAGAAAGAAAACGAAGACGAAAACACACCAGUACCAAAGAAACAGCAGGCAACAAACGAUGCAGGUCCAGAUUCGAAGCCAAAGCAGCCAAAACCUCCGAAAUGGCAACCCGAAGAAGACCAAAGCCUUUGCACGAGUUGGCUCAACACGUCGAAGGACGCUGUCGUAGGAACUAAUCAAACCAAGACAACAUUCUGGGACCGAAUCUACGCGAUGUAUCUAGAACUUAUGGACGAAGUCACGGAAAAAAAAAAGAAGACCAAGGGAUUCAAACCCUUCCCGACUCGAUUGAAGAAGCCACUUGAGGACCGAUGGUAUCACAUUCAACACCAGGUCAGCAAGUACUGUGGCUACUAUUCGCAGGUCGAAAGACGGAUGCGAAGCGGGUCCAAUGUGGACGACCUUGUUGUCGAAGCAAAGCUACUUUUCAAGACCGAUACAGGGAAAAACUUCAACCUGGAUCACUGUUGGGGGAUCCUACACCAUUCUCCAAAGUGGAUCAAACACACAGAGGAAGCGAGUGCCCCAACAAAAACCAAGGCCAGCAGCAAGAAGACCCCUGUGACCAAUCCCAAUCAUUCAUCUACAUCCGAUGCCUCAAGUAUUCCAUCCUCUUCGGCUGAGACGAACGAUUCGGCUACUGAUGAUUCCAAGCGACCCGAAGGAUCGAAGGCGGCCAAAAAAAGAAAAAACGACGAAAUUAACAUCGCCGACCUCAUUAAAGGGCAAAAGGAGCUUUUGGAGAUCUCUCGACAAAAGCAGAAGUCAUUCGAUUCGUUUGCGGAUGACAUGGUGAUGGGCCGAGACUUGUCGGGUAUGGAUGAAGAAAUGCGGGCUUACUUCCAAGCCAAGAGAAAAAAAGUAAUGGAGCGUUUGAACAAUGAAAAUUAGUGUUUUUUUUUUCUCCUUGAAUGUAAUUUACAAGUCAUUCAAUCGAGUUUG